UACAAUCCCGCAAGACUACAACAAGCCUGCGAGUGGGAGGGAGGACUCUGAAAGCAAAACAUGGCGAAAUAACAAGUUUGGCUGCCAUCCGCUUUCUGAAACUGCACCGUGUCUGUAGCGUUGGACUACAACUACAAGUUCGUGAAAUCUGGACGCUGGAUAACGACACCAACGCUUAACUUUAAAGAGAGCAGGGCCCUUAGUUUACAAGUAUUACGGUGGCUGAGGGGGGGGGGGGGAGAAAAUAGUGCCUGCCUGCCUGUCUGCCUGAGCUUUCCCCGGAAGGUUGGCAGUGCUAGGCGCGACUACUGUCAACCCAGAAAAUGGAUGAAGAAGGAAAGUUUAUCCUGGAAAAGACUAUUUAAGCCGACUAGCUUAGCAACGGUUGCUAGCCAGUUAACGUUCGAUUGAUUCGAACGCACCUGCCUCGGCGUUCGAACGAACGUGCGCUCUGUUCGACAUAUAAGUCUUGUUAACAAGUUUUUGACAACUGCAGUCGCAAAGAAUCGUGUUUAAAGAACGAAGGCCAUUAUUUUUUAUUUUUUCCCCCGCUAUUGUCUUAAUAUUCCGGGUGGACAUUUAGUUUAGGCUGAUACUGACAACCUGACAGUGGGUUCUGGUGCGGUGCGGACGGACCCGGACGCCAUCACAUCAGACGUUGCGUUCUCCUUAAAAACAACCACUGCGCUGCCGAGCCGUGCAUGUUAUUUUCUACUUCAACAGCGUAACAAGGGGCUCUUUUCAGUAGCUCUCCACACCUAUGUGGUAGUUUUAUUUUUUAUCCGCGGCAUUUUUUUAAAAUCACAUAACAUUGGUUGAAUGUUGUACAGCAGCAACGACUCGGCGUCUUGUCAAAAUGAACGCAGCAAGGUGUUCAACAACAGUGGAGGUGCAUCGCAUUGAAAACCUGCCAGUUGUUAGUACGGUGCCGAUGGCCGGCUAACGGGGACGUUAACAGUUUAUUUUGAAGUUGGAUGUGUUUUUUUUCGCCUGUUAUAACCGGCGUUUCUGUACAAAAAAAAAAAAAAAAAAAAAAACCCAACUGCGGAUAACAUUCUAGCUCUCGGCCAGAGUUGACGUGAGCUCGCGAGCCAGCUGGGUGCGUCUAUCUGCGAUGUGUUUGAUCAUCUAAGUGCUACCGUGUUGUUCCGGCAUACUGAACAGCUCUCGUGCUAUAUUGAAUCUAUAGAUAAGCCCUCUCGAGCUCGUUUUAGCAGCCAAUUAAAAUAUCCCCAAGUACUUCUUGUCAAAUAACUGGCUAACUUGGUAGCUAAGGUCCUAAGUUUCGCCAGCUAUGUCUGAAAACGCCCCCACACGAAGCCUGGAUGACAUAGACCUCGCAGCUCUGAGGGAUCCAGCAGGGAUCUUUGAGCUGGUCGAGGUUGUCGGAAAUGGCACAUAUGGCCAAGUGUACAAGGGCCGUCACGUGAAGACGGGCCAGCUGGCUGCCAUCAAGGUGAUGGAUGUCACAGAGGAGGAAGAGGAGGAGAUAAAAGCUGAAAUCAACAUGCUGAAAAAAUACAGCCACCACCGCAACAUAGCCACGUACUACGGUGCCUUUGUGAAGAAGAGUCCACCAGGACAUGAUGACCAGCUAUGGCUGGUGAUGGAGUUCUGUGGGGCGGGAUCAGUGACCGACCUGGUGAAGAACACUAAGGGCAGCUCUCUGAAGGAGGACUGGAUUGCAUACAUCUGCAGAGAGAUCCUCAGGGGCCUUUCUCACCUCCACGCCCAUAAAGUUAUCCACAGAGACAUCAAGGGCCAGAACGUGCUGCUGACAGAGAAUGCGGAGGUCAAACUUGUUGAUUUCGGUGUGAGUGCUCAGUUGGACCGGACCGUUGGUCGCAGGAACACCUUCAUCGGCACACCGUACUGGAUGGCACCUGAGGUUAUUGCCUGUGAUGAGAAUCCUGACUCCACCUAUGACUACAGGAGUGAUAUCUGGUCCCUGGGGAUCACAGCCAUUGAGAUGGCAGAGGGAGCUCCUCCCUUGUGUGACAUGCACCCGAUGAGAGCCCUCUUCCUGAUUCCCAGGAAUCCCCCUCCAAAACUUAAAUCCAAAAAAUGGUCCAAGAAGUUCAUUGACUUUAUAGAAGGCUGUCUCGUGAAGACCUACACCAGCCGGCCAUCCACAGAGCAGCUUCUCAAGCACUCCUUCAUCAGGGACCAGCCCACUGAGCGCCAGGUCCGGAUUCAGCUCAAAGACCAUAUUGACCGUACGCGCAAGAAACGGGGAGAGAAAGAAGAAACCGAGUAUGAGUACAGCGGUAGUGAUGAAGAGGAUGAGAAUCGUGGAGAUGACCGAGAGUCGAGUUCGAUCCUUAACGUGCCUGGUGAGUCCACACUGAGGCGGGACUUCCAGCGUCUGCAGCAGGAGAACAAGGAGCGUUCAGAGGCUCACAAGAGGCAGCAGGCCCAACUGGCCGCUCAGCGAAGGGACCCUGAGGAGCACAAGAGGCAACUGCUGCACGACCGACAGAAACGCAUCGAGGAGCAGAAGGAACAGCGUCGUCGACUUGAAGAGCAACAGAGGAAAGAGCGAGAGAUGGUGAGGCAGCAAGAAAAAGGUCCCCAUCGGAGACUCGACGAUAUGAGACGGGAGGAAGAUAGAAGGUUGGCUGAGAGGGAGCAGGAGUUUAUCAGACACAAGUUAGAAGAAGAGCAGCGGCAGUUAGAAAUCCUUCAGCAGCAGCUGCUUCAGGAGCAAGCACUGCUUAUGUUUAGGAACCAGUUAAGCAGUAGAACAAAUGACAACAAGCAUGAGUAUAAACGCAAGCAGCUGGAGGAACAGCGGCAGUCAGAGCGACUGCAGAGACAGCUGCAGCAGGAGCAUGCCUACCUGGUGUCUCUGCAACAACAACAGCAAGAAAAGAAGCCUCAGCUUUACCACUAUAACAAAAACCUGGAGCCCAACAACAAACCUACUUGGGCGCGUGAGGUGGAGGAGCGCAGUAAGCUCAACCGACAGGGCUCACCCAAAAUCUGCACCACUGUCUCUGACACUAACAUCCAGUCACGCUCCGACUCAAUCAGCCAAUCAGGAGUGGUCCAGUCUGCUCAGACGCCACCAAUGCAGAGGCCCGUUGAACCCCAAGGGGGGCAGGGAAAGUUCCAGAUGGCUCACUUGGUUCCACUGAAGCCUUAUGCCGCCCCUGUCCCUCGCUCCCAGUCCCUCUGUGACCAGCCCACUAAGACCAUGUCCGCAUUCCCCACCCAGGACCCCUCCCUUACCCCCACGCCCCGUCCCAUCCACUCUAGAGAGCUGGUGCGUCAAAACUCAGACCCCACUUCUGAAAUCCCCGCACCACAGGCACACCAAAUUGGAGAAGAUCGUGGCCCCUGGAUCCGCCUGCCCGAUGUGGAGCUCCCACCCAAGAUUCCCCAGAGGACAGCAUCUAUUGCCACAGCUCUCAACACCAACCUGACCUCUGGCAUCAGGCAUCCAGUUCGAGCCAGCAAUCCAGAUCUGAGCCGCAAUGAUCGCUGGGAAAGAGGAGACAGUAUGAGCAUCAUAUCCAAUCUGCCCCAGACUGGCUCUCUAGAGAGGCAUCGCAUCCUCAGUUCCUCCAAAAUGGAUUCCCCUAUUCUCUCCCAUGAUAGUCGUCAUCAUAAGCCAGGGGAGUCUCGCACCUCCUCCCGCCCUGGCCGCCCUGCUAGUUACAAGAGAGCUAUAGGGGAGGACCACGGCCUCUUUGCCAAGGAGCGUGCGGAGGAGCAGCCAAGGCCCCCAGUCAAGGCCAACGAUUACUCUUCCUCUUCGGAGAGCAGCGAGAGCAGUGAGGAGAGCGAGAGUGGCGAGGGCGCAGAGGAGGAAGAAAGCCCCACAGAUCGUAUGAGGGACGCAGACACUGAUUCAGUCAACACCAUGGUGGUUCAUGAAGAUGAAGGCGAGGGGGGAGAGGGAGAGCAGGCUGGAGGCUACGGGGAUCAGACCAUGCUGGUGCAGAGGACCCCGGAGAAGCGGAGCCAUAAUGGAUACACUAACUUGCCAGAUGUGGUUCAGCCCUCCCACUCCCCCACCGAUUCAGCCACUCACUCCUCCCCUGGGAAGGACUCUGUUUAUGACUAUCAGUCCAGAGGUUUGGUUAAAGCUUCUGGCAAGUCCUCCUUCACCACCUUUGUGGAUCUGGGCAUGUACCAGUCACCAGGAAGCACAGGGGACAACAUGUCUGUCACUGGCUCCAGGUUUGAGCAGCUGAAGAUGGAGGUGAGGAAAGGAUCCAUGGUUAAUGUCAAUCCCACCAACACACGCCCGCCAAAUGACACACCUGAGAUCCGCAAGUACAAGAAAAGGUUCAACUCUGAGAUCCUGUGUGCUGCACUCUGGGGUGUGAACCUGUUGGUGGGCACAGAGAACGGUCUGAAGCUGCUGGACCGUAGUGGUCAGGGCAAAGUUUACCCCCUCAUCAACUCCCGCAGGUUCCAACAGAUGGACGUCCUGGAGGGCCUCAACCUGCUCAUCACCAUAUCAGGCAAGAAAAACAAGGUGCGUGUCUACUACCUGGCCUGGCUGAGGAACAAGAUCCUCCACAAUGACCCUGAGGUGGAGAAGAAGCAGGGCUGGACCACUGUGGGGGAGAUGGAGGGUUGCGUGCACUACAAAGUGGUGAAAUAUGAGAGGAUAAAGUUCCUGGUGAUUGCUUUGAAGAAUGCAGUGGAAGUGUAUGCUUGGGCGCCCAAACCGUAUCACAAAUUCAUGGCCUUCAAGUCUUUUGCAGACCUGCCACACAGGCCCGUUCUGGUUGACCUGACAGUGGAGGAGGGUCAGAGGUUGAAGGUCAUCUACGGUUCUUGCGCCGGCUUCCACGCCAUCGACGUCGACUCUGGAAACAACUAUGACAUUUAUAUCCCCGUACAUAUCCAGAGUCACGUGACACCGCACGCCAUCGUGUUCCUGCCCAGCUCAGACGGCAUGGAGAUGCUGCUGUGCUAUGAAGACGAGGGCGUCUACGUCAACACCUACGGACGCAUCAUUAAGGACGUCGUCCUGCAGUGGGGCGAGAUGCCCACAUCUGUUGCUCACAUCUGCUCAAACCAGAUUAUGGGAUGGGGAGAAAAGGCCAUCGAGAUCCGUUCGGUGGAGACCGGCCACCUGGAUGGUGUCUUCAUGCACAAAAGAGCUCAGAGGCUGAAGUUCCUUUGUGAGCGAAAUGACAAGGUGUUCUUUGCAUCCGUGCGCUCUGGAGGCAGCAGCCAGGUGUACUUCAUGACGUUGAACAGAAACUGCAUCAUGAACUGGUGAAGGAACAGCUGCUCUGGUCAGUGUGUGGAACCCAGCAGGGUUCAGAGAAGGAAGUGCAUCCGUUAUUCUCACAAGCGCAUGCACACAAACACCUCUCUCCCUCGCUCUUUCUCCCUCAUGCUCCAAAGAUAGACACACACACACACACACACACACACACACACACAGACAAACAAUCUUUCAAUCCAUCCCAGCCUACAUGUACUCUCCUUCAGACACAAUUUCUUACAGAGGGCCCCUGAUAACACUCUCCCUGGAAUCACCAUGAAAAAUCACUGAUAAGCUUCAAAUGUUAAUACCAUCUAUUGAUUUGUACUGUAAAUAUUCUUGUCUUGAUUUAAUUUACUUGGUGGACCCGUGUUCAGUCGUAACUAUUUAGUUCCUAAUUGUGAAGUAUGUUGAAAACAUUCCUCGAUGGUUCUACAGUACGUUUUGAAGAAGGCAUUAUUUACCAAUACUGUAUGUUGAAAUGAAGCUGUAAAUAGGUAGCACCUUACACUUAGAUCUGAAUCAUUUGCAGGCCUUCUAUAUAACCUCCAUUCAGUGUGUUCCCACCGGACACAUGGACGUCCAAUAAUAAAAUGCUGGAACGCCCAUCUGUAGUGGCUUGUGGACCCCCCAUUGUUUUGGGGCUCCCACAACUUCAGGGAGGCUUAAAGGAAUGAUUUAGUACAUAAAAAUAUGACAAAGGGAUAUUAAGGUCAGGACAGAGUAGCUUGUUGAAGUAUCUUUUAGUUAUGUACAGUAACCUGAAGUCCGGCUUUCACUAACUUUUUCUGGCCUGAAUGGUAAAUGAUGUUGCAACUCUUAAUCACAGUAAGUAAGCCUUGAAUGCUUCAAAAGCAAAGUAGAUUUAAAAAUGAAUAAAUAAAUGAUCAAAAAAAGCCAAUCAGAAGUCUCAUAAAUGUGCAGAAUCAGUAAUGUGAAAUCUCCUGCUUUGCCUUUUUUUCUAUGGCCGAGGUGAAGCCAUCCAUUAUUUGAUCAGUCUUGUAUCUAAACUUUUUGUUUUCAUAGAUUUACAAAAUACAAGACUUUGUUAUUUAUAUGUAGUGAUUGUGUAUUGGUAUUAGCCUACUGGUAUUCUUAAUUUUACUGUAACUAUAUUGCCAUUAUAUUGCAAUAUAUGCUAUUCUGUGGAGUCUUUGUUUGAGAGGGGGAGUUUGUGUAUUUGGCUGGUAGUUUCAUGGGGUAUGAUGACACCUUCGGGGGAGAGAGAAAGGAUGGGACAUCGAGGCGUCACUGAGAUUAUAGUGACUAAGAGAGAUCAUUUUUGUGGUUCUUUCACCCUCCUACCACAGUGAUCUGCUCUACUGUAUUAUAUUUCAGUUCUUAGACUAUUUCGUUAGUGUGGAUCUUUGUUGAGAGAACAGCUUAGUGUGGUUCAGUUCAUUAUUUGUCUUUAGGCCAGUGGAAAGAUUUAAUGUAGGGUGACUCUGCAAUACCACAGAGGACUCCAUCUCAUCAGGCACUUUGGAGAAGACGGCUGGAACACAUGAGACUUAAUAUAUCUUAUAUCUAUACAUUCUGCCAAAGUUCACCGCAUAUUCUGCAACAAGGGUAUGAAUCAAGGCCAAAGGGAGUAGAGCUCAGAUGGCGACUAUAAAGAUUUAAUUUAUAGAUCACUGACCAAUGUUCCUUUCUGUAUAUAAAAAAAGUCUGCUGCAUUUUUCACUAAUAUGUUAUCAUCUCUACUAUUUUUUAAAUGUUCUUUUUACAUUGUAAUUUGAACCAAAAAUAGAACAUGGGGUGCUUUUGUUUUUAAAGAGGAUGUUAUUUUUUACAAUAAUAGACAUGCAAGCACACCCAUAUAAUAUGGAAAAAGACUUAAACAAAAGAAGGUUGAUUUGUGGAAAUAUAAACUUUACAUAUCUGCCAUAUUUUCUCAAAUUUAUUUACUUGGAGCUUCAGGGAGAAAGUGAUUAUUUUUCACCUUUUAAUGGCAAUCAAUCAAUUAAUUUUUGUUGCUCUUAUACAACAGGCAGUACGGUAAAAGUAUGGGGCAGAAUUAUCAGGAAGUAGUUGUGUUAUUUCCCUUUGUUCUAAUAAAUGUCACUUGUUUUCUUGGCAAUACUGCGUAGCAUUAGGUGCUAUGUGAUUGGUUCAGGUGCUAUAUUGACACUAAGACUGGCAUAACUUCUUUUAAAUUGAUUUUAAAAUACACUUCAUUCAGUUGCUCUGUGUCGUCAGCAACAGCAAUCAACAAAAUCCGCCCAUGCUCACAUUCAUUGCAGCAGAAAAAUUAGAUUUGGGAGGGCAGUUUUAGCACCAGCAGCCAUAUCCUCCUCUCUGCAGCUGCAGCUUUGGCUAAUUCUCUCUGGCUGAACACGGCUGAAUUUCCCAGCCAGCCCAAACACUGUAAAAUGUUUACUCUAAAAAAACAUCCUUAACAUCCUCUGCAUCAUAUUUUCUGAUGCAGUUUCUGCUGUUGUAAAUGUAGCUAUUUUGCAAUACAAGCCAAGAGAACAAAGAGCAGAGUUGCGCCCCCAGGGACACAGAUAACGGCGGCAAAAACUGCAGGCUUUUUUCACACUUUAUACCUUUUUCAGAUCAGGCUGGAAAUCAGUAUUUUUUUCUCUUAACCCCCUCGAGGUGCCAUGAUUAAAUCAACAUGCCAGUUUUUGUUUGAUGAUGAUAACCCAAGUAAAACCAGAGAUAAGGUCAAAUAUAUUUAGUACAAAAAUAAAGAACUAGAUGUUCUCCUCAUUUUACCUUUUCUAGGUUAUAUUUGUAUUCAACAUUUAAAAUUUUUCAAUGAGCAUGAUUGUGUUCUAAAAAUAAAAAAACAAUUCUAUGGGUUGAAAAUGUUGACCCAGUAAGUCCAAGAGAAGAAAUAUUUAUCAGGUCAAAAAGCUGCUGUUUGCUGAAAGAAAUUACUCCAACAUGGCAUGGAAAACAUGUUUUAAAGUGGUAUAUACAGGCAGAAUGAAAAGCAUUAAAAAAAAAAGCCAAAAUAGCCCAAAACUCCAAAGUGUUACGUACUCGGGGGUCAAUGCCGAACCUUAACCAAUCAGAGGCUGCGACACACGGCGGAUCUUGCCAAGAAAAGGAUUCUUAAUUUGUCGUUGGCACAUGAAUAACGUUUUUUUUUUUGUUCAGAAACACCACUGUGCUUCCACAGCACUCUGAGACCAACAGGCAGGCAUAUUACAGUGAAGACAGAUUUUCUGUACUCCUGUGAUGCAUCUUAUCCGGAAAAAUAUCCUCAUUUUUCAACAAGUUAGCUCAUCAGCCUAUAAAUAGAAGCUGUAAUGUUAAAAGAAUGCAGCUGUCAUUUUUUUUUUCUGUGAAACUGCCAGUAUAAAAAGCUUUUUCUUAUUAUGAAAGGAAUCUUGGCUAGUGAUCAAUAGGAGACUCUGAAGAUACGUUCCACGCGGGCGAAAAAAGAAAGCCAUUAGGAAUGCAGUAUAGGUCAGGGCAGAGAGCAUUUAUCAAAGAUUAUAUAAAUAGAUGGUUAAUUUUAUGGUGAGAUUAUAAAACAAACUGUAAAUGGGCAUGGAAUGCACUUUCACUUCAUACAUUUACAAAUAUAUCUCGAGCAGAUACUUGGUGUGCAUGUAAGCCAUUGAAAUAGAGUAUAUAGUACUGUAUCAGAGUUGUUUUCCCCUUUUUAGCGAAUGUGUUUUUAUUCUUGAAUAUCUGUUAUGUGCCAUGACUUACAUUUUAAAUGUCACAGUUACAAUCCACCAGGAGCUCUGGCACUCGUGCUUUUUACGCUCAAAUCAUAAUUUUUUAUCAAUCUGCCAUGUUUACAGUUAAAGCAGUGCCUUGGAGUUGGGAAGGUGAGAGGUUUAAGGAUGGGUUAUGAGCCCCCCCACACACCCUACACACUUGUCUCUUACUUGAAAUCUCAGAAGAGGCAUAACUAUAUUUGCUCCCUCAAUAUCAUUUAUGUGCCACUUAAGUGCAAUUAGUCGAAUCCAGAAUAUUCCGUAGAUGGACUUGAAAUGCUUCUUUGGCACCACGUAUAUUAUCUAUAAAAAAUAAAAAAAACGACCAUCAGACGAUAAUCCAUUCAGAAAAAAUUGCAAUAACAAUUAGCUAACACAUCCAAUUAAUCUUAAUGAUGUGCUCACAGUCAGAGCCAGCAUAGUGAAAAGCCAUACGUAUGUUUGUAGAGAAAACUUGUGCACGGAUCAGAUCCAGCUCUCGUGUGUGACGUCUGCUCAGAAAACGUAGGUUUCAUGCAGCAAAGAUGAGAAAAAGCGCUUAUUCUUGUUGUAAUCUAAUCGUAGUGGGGAAAGUAGCUUGGUAUAUUCUGAGAAGCCUAUUUUAUAAAAUAUGUAAAUUAGUCUAUAUUGAGAAAUCAAAGUGAAUGUACAUCUAUAAGACAAAUUUGUAUUUAUAUAAAAAAUGUGUACUGCUCUAUUAAUCAAAGCACAAUGUAUUUUAGGGCAAAGAGAUAAAAGUUAUAACAGAGAUGGAGUUUGUUGUUUUCCCCUCAUUCACUCAGCAGUCGUUGAACUGGUCAGUGCGUUAUCAGUCUAUAAGAAGUUGUUUAUAGUGAAACGAGUAUACGGCUGUGUGUGUGUGUAGACUGUCAGUUACUGCAGCAUUAAAUAAAGCAUAAAAUAAUCAAGUCUGUCUUCUUGUGGCUGUAGUUAAGACACUAGUGGAGAGUCACAGAUUGGUGGAGGAUAUUGGCUGUAGGUUUUGCAUUUAGUGAGUGAAAAGAGCAUCGAUAAGUAGGAGACGAUUACAGAAUACACAUAAAAGACAACUACUUGAUUAUCAUUUCUACACUUUUAGAUUUUUUCUCAUGAGAUACAAAAAAUCCCAAAAGUCGAACUCCACAGAUUAUACACAUCAAAGUCUGUUUAGGAGCACUACUAUAAGGGCUGGAUGUUAUAAUGUAUUAAAUUAAUUGAAAUUUACCGUGUAAUUUCUCAUAUAAAACUAUUAAUUAAAUGUUUGUUUGUUUGUUGUUGAUUUUUUUUAUUUUUCAGUCACAAGAACAUUGAACAAAGAACUCCUACAAACUGACAUUAA